AUCACUAAUUGGUUAACCACAAACCAAGUGAAAGAAAAUAAAAGGAGGAUUGACUGGUACGUACAGAUAUGAUGCUUAGCGUGUGAGAAUAUGAAGUGAAGCUUUCAAUUCAAGCGAAAAAAAAAGAAGAAUUUCCCUUUCCAUGUCUUACCUUUAUUUGAUUCCAUAUUCUUUUCUUUAACCUUUUGGUAUUCCAAAUAAACCGACCUAACUAAUCCCGACCCACACCAGAUAAGUCAGUCUGUUUAUUUCUAUGGGAUAAAAUCAGAGAUCUUUACUUAAAUGUUUGAAAGAUUCUGGCUAUUUCAUUUCAUCUUAUUCUUUGGUCGGAUUACAUAUUCCUUUUUCUUACGUGGAGAGACGCUGGCAUUUCACUUAAAAAAGUUAACCCUUGCCGAGCCGACUCUAGCUUCCUGCCUAUCUUAUAUAUACGUGGUUGCAGGCAAAUUAUACACUCAAUGUGCUAAAUCUUUAUAAAUUAGCAAGACGUACGUUCUACAUAUAUAGCUUCUACAUGGAUUCAAACUCACACUACGAAGGAACUCAUAAAGUUUAUCCGGCAGAUCAUGGGUUCACAAUUUAUCCUGCAGCCCUUAAUAUCAUUUGGGGAAAGGAUGGACGAUACUGGAAAUUACCAAAAGAGGAAUUAGACCAAGCAGAACUUGUACAAGUAAGUUGGCUAGAGGUAACAGGGUGGUGUGACAAAGUAAAGCUAAACACAACAUAUGAAGUUGAGUUCGAGCUGAAAUUGACACCAGAUGCAUUUGGCUUUAACGAGUUACCCCUCUAUUUUAUGGUCAAAUGGGGAUCAAAAAACAAAUGGAAGAAAAUUUAUUUGACAAAAGAGGCCAUUGAUGAAUCAACUGGAACAUAUUGCGUACCAAACAAUCUUACCAUUGAUACAGCUGUUUCUGAAUCUGAAAGCAAGCUUUGUUUUGGGCUCUAUGAAGUUUGGAGUGGAAAAUGGAAAGGAGGAUUGAUAAUAAAAAAGGUACACAUCCGGGAGAAGAAGUAAUAACAUACAUUCUUUGUGCUUGCAUGCGGUGUCUGAGAGUCUUUUCCUAAUAAAAACUACACAUAAUCAUAUCUAUUAAUAUAAAUAAAAUAAUGCUUCGUUGAAGUUUUCUGUUAUAACCAUUGGUACUUAUCCGUCCAAAUGGUCUUAUAUUUCUUUGUAAUAGUGAGUUACUGUGAAAAUAAAAUGUAUGUUGAUAUA